UCCAAUUCAUCAUUGAUACUGAUGAUUCGCACCAGCGGCCCGGGUUCUUCGUUGUAUAGCCUUGAUUGAUUAUGAGCCCUACAGCUUACUGGAAGUCUGUUCUACUAGACGCUUCUAAAAACUUCCAGCGAGAUGACCCAAACUACUUCGCUGCUGAUCCGACUGCCCUAGUUACAACAUCUACAGCGCACAAUUUCGUUCUGGGAACAGGCGCAGAUAUAUUUGAUGCGAUAGCACCAUAUAUCGAAGCAGCAGAACAUGAAGUCAUCUUCGUCACCUGCUUUUGGGCCAAGUCUAACUCCCAGGAGAAGCUCAGUCAUGCCCUACGAAUGCUCUCCCGAAAAGCUGAGAUCCUAGGAGCUACCAUACGUGUUCGGAUCGCAUUCUCAUCCUUAUCAUUGAUUCAGAAGCUAUUCCACACAACCUCACUGGACGGUCAGAUCUGGCCCAAAGACAAAUGGACAUCGCAUCUGUAUCUGCCUCCACCUCAGGAACUACCUGGACUGGAUUUACAGAUCAAAAGCAUAUUCGUCCUUCCCUUCAGUGUCAUGCAUCCUAAAUAUGUAAUCAUUGACCGCAAGACUGCAUGGUUGCCAAGCUGUAAUGUGAGCUGGGAGUCCUGGUUCGAAGGUGGCAUAGAGCUGUCAGGCCCUGUCGUGCAACAAUUUGUGCAGUUCUAUCAAUCAUUUUGGGCACGUAAAGAUCCUCUUCCGGAUAUUAUGCCUGGAGAGUCUGGUCAACUCGAUCUACCAAGACAAAUACCAGAAUUCACUAGCCAAGAGCAUCUACAUCCCAAAUUUUGCCAUCGUCGUGUGACAGAUACACGUUCCAUGCUGACAGUCUUUCUACCAUCACCUCAUAGACGGAACCCAAGUUGGAGUCCUUUCACGGAACAGGCGGUGACACCAUAUCCGGAGACUCCGCUGAACCGGUUCCUACUACGUCUCCUGGAGAAAGCUUCGAAAGACAUCUACAUACAAACACCCAAUCUAACCUCACCUCCUGUGCUGUCAGCUCUUCUAGCCACACUGGUUCGUGGCGUCAAUGUGACCAUUGUUACCUCAGCACGACUUAUGAUCCUAGAGCAAAUUGUCACGGCAGGAACUACGACAAAAAGAUGUUUGAAGAAGCUUGUCAAACGGUAUAAAGCCCACCAAGCAGCAUACUCACAGCGCGAUCCAGAGGCAGGUCUCAAGAUCCCAGGCACGCUAGAGAUAUGGUUCUUCAAGCCUGGUUCAGCAAUUGACGCCCAGAGGAAUGUUCCUGUACAAAGCCAUAUAAAAUGUACGAUUGUCGACAAGGAAUGGGUCAUAUUAGGAAGCGGCAACAUGGACCGCGCAAGCUGGUAUACCAGUCAGGAACUGGGCGUCGCCUUCCAGUCACCAGCACUUGCGAGUGAGGUCUGGAGUGCGCUUCAUGCGACCAACAUGCUUGAUACGUAGAUCAACCACGGGCUUUCAACGUCAUGCAAUACUGUCGCAGAGGAAUGACGAAGGGCGGUCCUACCAUCCUCUCUAGGAACCUACGGUUCGUACAAGAGGACCAUUGCACAGCUCGGAUGCUGCUCAACAUGACGAAGUGGCAUAUCGUUUAGGUUUUCACACAGCUUUGAGAACCAAUAACUCAAAUCGAAGUCUCUGCAGAAACUAAUAUCUUCUGACGACCUCUUCAGGCGAGGUCUUUAAUCGGAGCCAUCAGCCUCGCAGAAUUCUCGUGCUUGUGUAGUACUGGACUAGAUAUAUAAUAAUUGGGGUGGAAAGUCUCGUGCGACGAGAUAGUGGUAUUGAACUCCUCCGGGGCGUAGUCUGAUGCGCCAACGCCGUACCAGGAACUCUAGAUUGUGAACAUAGCCAAGUCUGAAGGCGACCACAAUAGCCCUUUAGCAAGCAGAAUUACUGUUGGUAUUUUAUACAAGUAUGGAACAUCUUGCCGUAG